CAUUCCUCAUCCACUUUCGUGUAGAAACGGCCUGUGUUUUGCCUUCGUCGGCGUGGGUAAAAGUGCUUGGAAAAAUUUUAUUGCUUGCUUUAUUGCGCGAAAAAUAGAAAGAUUUUGUUCACCUUGACCGAAUAAUUAUUGAAAGAAGCAAAAUGGUGGACAAGAUUGAAAUGAGUCUCGACGAUAUUAUCAAAUCUAAUCGCGUGCAAAAAAAAGGUGUUGGAAAUCGGGGUGGUGGUGGAAACCGACGUGGUGGUGGCACUGUUAACCAAGGAAGAAGAGGAGCAGGUCGCCGUGCACCAAAUUCAUCUCCACGUAAACCUGGCGGUGGGAUUAUUAAAGGUCGAGCUGCAGGAGGAAUUCAGAAAGCCAAAUUUUCAAGGGGUGAUGUGAACAGCGCUUGGAAACAUGACAUGUAUGAUGGACCAAAACGUGGAAUUUUGAAAACUGCAGACUCUGCGAAACUUUUAGUUUCAAAUUUGGAUUAUGGAGUUUCGGAUUCGGAUAUCAAGGAGUUAUUUACCGAGUUUGGUCCGCUGAAGAAGGCGGCCGUUCAUUAUGACCGUUCGGGUAGAUCGUUGGGAACUGCCGAUGUUGUCUUUGAGAGGCGCUCGGACGCAUUAAAGGCUAUAAAACAGUACAAUGGCGUACCUUUGGAUGGUAGACCUAUGAGUAUACAAUUUUUAACUGAUGCCUCAGUUGCUACAACUCGCCCACCAGUACGUAAUUCAGGCCCUAGUCCAAGCAGAAGAAGACAACCAGUUGGUGGCAAUAGACGAGGAGGUGGUGCUGGUGGCGGUCCUCGUCGUGGUGGUCCCCCAAAUCGAAACAAGGCCGUAGGCGGAGGCGGAGGUAAUCCUCGUACUAACAAAACAACGCCAACAGCUGAAGAGCUCGAUGCGGAAUUGGAUGCUUAUGUCAACGAUAUGAAAAUAUAGAUAAGAACAUUUAGUUAUUUGGUAUUUAUAUUUUGUAAUUGUUAAGGCAUCAACUCCCCACUCCUAAGUAUCCGCUCAGAUACUUCAUAUAAUGUAAAGGAACAAACUAUUGUUGCUAUACAGAUCAGAGAUAUAGCCACCGUGUAGCAUGUACAAUCAAUCAAUCGAGUUGGUAACAUAUUGGGCGCACGGUUUUUAAUGUUAAUUUUGUAUUUAAACCAAUUACAAAAUGUCUUAUCAACUACCACUUAUUUUUUUUUACUUUACAUCCCAUAUUUUAAGUUUUUUUCACUUAAACUCUUGACUUUUGCAACAAAACUUAUUUAAAAGAAAACCCAUUUACCAUAUCGGCUAGCAAACGAUCACAAUGGAAUCUAAUUUGAAAAAUAAAUAAUUUGAACUGAUUUAGCCAAAUAUUUGAUGGUAAACAAAGACAACGGUAUGACUUUAUUUGUAACAAAUAAAAAAAGUAUUGAUUAAAAAAGAACUAAACUUAUAACUAGGGUAUAACAAAACAAAGUAAUGACACGAAUUGGGGAUUGCCUUUAAUUUUUUAGUGCAAACCUUUUUGCGUAAUUAUGUUAAAUUGCCUAAAAAAAUUAGAAUAAAGUUUUCUUUAAAAAAAUCAA